UUUGUUAAAUAAAAGUCAUGCAAUUUGUAACAAAACUAGUGAACUGAAACUAAACGGUUAUAAAGCUGCAUGUAGAACCAAGCUCACUUGUCUUUCCACUGCAGCACAGUAAAGAUUAGCAAUACAGAGGUCUUAGGAUGUGGUCUGCUCUUGUGUGACAGAUCUUUCUUUUUCAUUUUUGCUUCUUGAAUCUCUGUCUGAAGAUUAGUUUCACUUUACUUUUGUCCAUAGUUGUUCUUACAGAUAUCAGCCUUAUACUAAACCAGAAACCAGUUUUGUAGUCUUCAGUGAUCAGGUAACCCUGUUAUCAGAAUAGUUAAAACCUUCUGUUUUACAGUACAGAACUUUCAAAAUCCAAAAAGGAGGACCAGGAACUUUUUAUCCUUUUGCCUUCAGUGACAUCAUGGGCCUUGAGAAGGACAGAGGAGUUAAGGUGGAAGACAUCAUACUGGCCAUGAAGGGGCACGUGAAGGAUGGUUACAAGUUCAAUCCUCAAUCUUCGUUAUCCGAACAUGACCAUGACUACAACAAGGUGCCCACUCUAAAUGACAAAGUUCAAGUUUUAGUGUCUGUGAUCGAUGCCAGCAGAAUGGAAUUUCUGAGUGAUGAUUUAAUAAAACAGAUGAAGGCUGUCAGACUUGCAGCCAGUGACGUGGGAAUUCCCCAAAUGGCAAUUCUCACCAAAAUUGAUGAAGCGUGUACAGAAGUCAAAGAAAAUAUAAGAAAUGUGUAUAAGACCUCCCCCACCCUAUUCCGUUUGAUCAGCCGCAUUCUGUAAACCACGUAUGACAGCCUCUCAAACACAUCCAAACCACUGGCUUACACACACUUCAAUUAACUACGUGACAAGGCAAGCGUAUGUGAGCGAGUGUGUCUGUGUGUGUGUGUGUGUGUGUCAUUUCCUGUUACACCAUACAUGGCGUGACCUCUUCUCAAGUUGCUCUAUAUGUGCAAAAGAACAGAACCUUGUGGUUUCUAAACAUGCAAAAGAAAGUUACAGCGAAGAGACUGCUCCCUGCAUACAAAGGUUAAAACCUAAUAUUGAAAAAACAUUUUAUCAGCACACAGAAAAGUAAUGGUCACGCACAAAUGACAAUC